UCUCUCUCUCUCUCUCUCUCUUCAAACACACGCACACCCAGACGCACCAGUGAAAAGUUAGAGCAAAGUCUUCCGUCUUCGACAGGCUAGCAGCAACCCACUGAACACUCCCCUGUGGGCACUGGACCCAUACUCCCUCCCUCUCUCUCUCUCUGUCACUCAUUCACUCACUCCCUUACUCAUACUCAUUCAUUCAAUCAAUCCAUAUUAUCGGUAGCUUUACUUGUCAGAGAGGAGGUACAGGAAUACAGGAAUCUUCUACAGUCUCUCCUCAGCCAGCAUGUGGAUUCUCCUACUCGGACUCACCUCUGGAUUGCUGGCCUCCUCUUGGGCAAGCUCUGUUCAAGAGGUGAAGCUACGAUCCUGCAGUUACGCGGGAGUAUUCCAUAUUCAGGGCAAUUAUCGAUAUGCUUUGGACUUUGAGGCUGCUAAGAAACUAUGUGAAGUGCUGGGAACAACCUUAGCCAGUAAUGAGGAGGUGACUAUUGCUCAUGGCAGGGGCUUGGAGAGCUGCAGGUAUGGCUGGAUCAGCAGUGGAAACAUCACCAUUUCUCGACAAGUGCCGAACAACCUGUGUGCGGCUAACAUGACGGGAGUUAUCACUUUGGUACCUACAGAUUCCCACUAUGAUGCCUACUGCUAUAAUCAGACAGAUCUGUCUAACAGAAGCUGCAAUUUUGAAAUAAAAUCUCUGGGGAAUGAUCCUGCACAUCCUGAGACCAGUGAGAACAUUGGAAGACAAGUUUUUAACAGCACUAGAAUUCCAGCUGAGCACGUUUAUGCAAUGGAUUCAGUUGAGUUACACACCAGUCGCACCGUUACAGCUGUUCAUGACCUAACUCCUCCCACAGUGAAGACGAAUCCCACUGCAAACAACUCUCAUGAUGAGCCUGAUGUAUCAGGAGAUGUGCUGGAUCAGAACACACAACCUCCCACCAUGACUACUGAACCCUCUGGAAAAUAUGAUGAUCUGACCACUGAGAGUGCUGAGUUUACAGAAAAAAAUAGAGAAGAAGUUGCAGAUGAUACCACCACAACAUUUAGCCUAGAAAACAUUGGCUCAGGUAUGGAAGAGCCAAUAGACGCCACCACAAGUGAACCAAACACUGAAGGCUCAAAGGACAAACAAGAGGACCACAUAAAUUACACAUCUGAGAGUCCACCAGCACCGACCACUGAAGUGAAUUCACGUCAGUCUGUGCAAUCGAAAGGGAGGAAGGGACCUGGCAUAGCUUCAUCACCAGAAGAGAAUACCAGCAGUGGCAGCACCAAAGAUUGGUUGGUCAUCUUGAUUGUGAUUGUGGCCAUCGUUGCUAUUAUUAUUCUGGGUGCUUUUGUGGUAACAAGGAACAGGUGGUGUGGGAGAAGCCAGACUCUGAUGAUCACCUCCAAGAGCAGCGGUGAGGGCAAUGGGACAGCAGCAUCAGCGGCCAGCCCCGAGGCUCAGGAGAGAGAGCAGGAAAUGGUGACGCUUAUGAACAAAGAGAAGAUCCAGGAGAAUGGCAACACGGAGGAGUUUACUGUGAUCACCCUGGAAGAAUCACCAGAGAAAAACCAGGAAGCAUGAAAGACUGAAUGAGACGGGUUGAGGAUGAGGGAUCAAAAGGUUGGGGGAGAGAGUGAUGGGUCAUGGCUUAAGUCUUAACCAGAGAGAUAGAAGCUGUUAGACACUUUGGGAGCCAGACAGACACUCAGAUACUGUUGGUGACAUAAAGUGUCAAAAGUCUUGUUUGGUCUUUUUAUAUGAAAAAUUUCCAUUUCCUUAAGGGUAAGGAAUCUACUAUAAUUUUCCUGUGGCUUCAAAACAAACAACACAACAAAGUGUUAUAUUUUAGACAAAAGGGAAAAAUUAAAGAUUUCUCUACACGCCAUGGAGACAUCCUAAAUUUAAACCUCUGGGCUCUUAAUUCUUUUCUAGUUUCAUUUUGCCUUUCACAGUGAGAAAACCUGAUGGUUAAUCUAGCACAAAUGAGAAUGUUCUUUUGAACUGAUUUCACCUUUUUUUGCUCCCCAAAUUUAGGGCUAAUCAACAUAUUAAGGAUGAAACAAAAGCUGAUGGAAACCAAAUUUUAUGAUCUCAAUAAAAUAGUUACAGAGAUGGUGAUACUGCUCACCAGCUCAUGUCUCCUAACUUCCCCAUCGCAUGCCUGAUACUACUAAGGCCUCUUAACACAGAUAAGACACAUUUAUCAUCUCCUAAUGUCAGUUAUUAGAUGUAAAAGUCGAUUAUAGCUUCCAGCUUAUCUAAAAACCGUUUCACAAUUAUAACGAGUAUUUAUUUAAAUUGGAUUGUGGGGAAAAACACUUAAACUUUAUUUCAAUAUUGUGGUGUGCAGUGUGGUUCUGUGCAGGUUAUAGGAUAGUAAUGAGGGCGGCAGAGAAAGAUGUAUGGUUUUAAUAAAGGUCAUUAAUGUCCAUGCACAAAGCCAUCAUAGUGCUAGAAUUCAUCUUCAGUGGGUUUCAAAUGAAACAAGAAAGGACAAAUAAAGUGAAAUGAAGAGGCAGAGAUGCUGAUACGUGUUUUAGAGUCUUUUGAAAAUGUCUUUUCUGACUUUUUUUUUUUUUUUUUUACCCCUGCGAAUGAUGUGUUUUUGUUUGUUUGUUGUUUGUUUGUUGGCUGGUUGGUUGGAUGAUUGGUAUUUUUUUUUUUUUUUUUUUGCAUUUAAUUUAUCCUUUUGUAUAUACCACUAUGCUUGUUUACUAUUGUAUGAGAUUGGAAUAGUCAGACCGUCAUAUCCAUUUCUUUAGUCAGUGUAACUGAAAACCAAUUUGCACCCUUAUUGAUGAAGUAAUAUCACACUGUAACUUGAUACCAAUGUUUUAAUAUUUUUGAUCUCCAAAAGUCUAUCAAAGAACAUGUUGGAACAAGAAAAGCUAUUGAAAAUUAUAUAUCAUUAUUCUUACCAUCUGAUCAUGCAUAUGCAAUUUACAUAUAUUUACUCUCAUGACAGUUGGGCUAUAAAAUGCCAUUAAUACAGUGUACCAACAUAACCAGUGAUGCAGUUAUUUAUUUUAAGAUGGAACAAAGUGCUUAAAUUAUGUCUUUUAAUGUUCAUACUUUGCACCUUACAUUGCCACCAAAAGCUUGAAGCAUAUGUACAUAUUAGCAUACAUAAGCUUUCUCCACAUACAGACAUUUCAGUUUCAUAUUUCUGCUUUUUUCUCUUUUGUCUUUUUAUGAUGGCAUCUACUCUUGAACGUGCUUUGUUUAAGAAAGAUUAGCAUAUGCAGUAGUGGUAGGAGUGUGUACAUUGACCAAAUAACUCAUUAUUGUUAAUUAAAAAUAAUUUUGUGAGGUCCAGGAUUAAAUAAAAAAAUGUAUAGAUGUG